UCUUGAUACUAACAAACAAUACACCAAAAUGUUCAGCAAAAUCGUAGCUAUGAGCGCGCUGUUGGCCGCUGCCAACGCUGGCUACUUGGGUCAUGGCCACGCUGUAUCCUCCCAAACCAUCAUUCGCCAUGAUGAACCCGUCCACUACGCUGCUCCUACAGCCCUCUACGUCGCUCCAAUUUCCCACUACGCCGCCCCCGUCGCUCAAUACGCCGCUCCAGUAGCUCACUACGCUGCCCCAGUUGCUCACUACGACGGUCACGACACCUACGCUCAUCCCAAAUACGAUUUCUCUUACUCCGUGGCUGACCCCCACACCGGUGACCACAAGUCCCAGCACGAGAGCCGCGAUGGUGACUCCGUACACGGAUACUACUCCCUGGCUCAACCAGACGGUUCCAUCCGCAAGGUUGAGUACACCGCUGACGCCCAUAAUGGUUUCAACGCUGUGGUACACAACUCCGCUCCUUCAGUGCACCCCGCUCCCAUCUACGGCCAUGCUUACCAUCAUUACUAAAUAACCACAAC